UUACCGCCUUACAUCAGGAAGCACAUUGCUGCCCUGUUGUCUAAAGUUUUGUUGAAGUUUACCUAAAGAUGUAAUAUUACGUUUUUUGAGGCUCUGAAACUAGCUGACGUUGUCUAAUAACGCGUGUUUACGAUGUUAGACACGUUAAUGAAUCUGCAGUCGACACUCCGUAUUUUCAAUUCAAACUAGCAUCUUAGUUGGCGCCGCUGCAGCUGAGUUUGGUUGCUGUCUGUGUUGCUAGGUUGGAUCUUGAAGUGUUUGUUCACUGUGAUAAACACUGACAGGAUGACUUCAUACCCGGUGGAGACUUCUUUGGGAUCUCUGCAGAAUCCAGAUCUGAGCUCUGUCCUGUCGUCAUGUGAGCCAGAGCUUCAGGAGCUGAUGAGACAGAUUGACAUUAUGGUCAAUCAUCAGAAGAAGGAGUGGGAGGCUGAGAUUCAGGCCAUGGAGCUCAGGCUGAAGAGUGGAGAAGAGGAGCUGUCAACCUGCAGGAAUCUGAUUGAACGAAGGGACCUGGAGAUCGACUUGCUCCGUAAGCAGCUGGAUGAAGUCCAGGAUGGUCGACAGGAGUUAGUGAAUAAAUACGAGCAGAACCUGCAAAAAGUCCGGGAAGAGUUGGAUAAGUUAAAGAGAAGUUAUCUCAAGCUUCAAAGGAAACAGCUAAAGGAGACCAGCGGGGGCGCGAAAACUAAAGAGAGUGAUCGAUCAGAGGUGACCCGGCUCAAUGAAAAGAUGGAGGAAUAUCACCAGCGCUCUGUGGAGUGGCAGCAGCUGAACAUCCAGCACCAGAAACAACUCAGAGCUCUGGAGGUCCAAAAUAAGAGUCUGACUGAUGAGCUCAGCACCUUGAAGUCCCAGAGUUCAUCAUUGGGAACAGAGAGGGAGCACAGGGAGUGCUGCCUACAGGUGCAGCACCUGCGCACUCAGCUGGAGAGAGCUCAGGACAGCCUGCACUCACAGGAGCUCGAACUGCAACUCCUUCGACCCCUCGAGAUGCAGCUGGGAGAAUACCAGAGGGAGCAGCAGGUUAGAAGAAUGGUGCAUUCAGAGGAAAGGGAGGAACUCCACGCCACGCUGGACUCUCAGGACACAUGUAUGAGAGGCGUCGGUCUGGAGCGCCUGAGAGCUCGUGAUGAAAACGCCAGUUUGAAUCAACUUCUGCAGGCUAAAGAUCAUGUCAUCCGCUCUCUGGAGGACUGUCUGGCCGCUCAGGGCUGUUCUGGAGUGGAAACCCUCCGACAGGAUCUGGAGAAGACUCUGAGCAAACUUCACUGCACCCAAACAUGUGAGGUUCACCUGAAGGCUGAGGUGGCGUGUCUCAGAGAGAGGGUAGAGAGGCUGAGCCUUCAGAGAGCUGACCAAUCGAAGAUGGAGGAACUGAGAAACACAAAAGUAGAAUAUGAUUCAACUGUUGCUGAAAUUAAAAGGCUCAGAGAAGAGCUUCAAAGAGCCAAGCAAACUCACAGUGGGGAGGUGGAGGGGAUGAGGAAGGAGGUGUCCAGGCUGACCUCCGAGCUGCACCAACAUGAGAUCACCAUCAGCACACUGAACAGCUCUUCAUCCAGCAUCAAGCAGCAGCUUCAUGAAGAGGCGGAGCAGAAGGCAGCUGAGCUCAAAAUGACUCAAGCCCAGUUGGAGACUUUACAAUCUGAGAACCAGCAUCUGAAGGGGCAGCUUCAGAGACUGGAGUCUCGAUCAGCAAAGAGGGGGGAUCCUUCGAUUGCGUCCCUGAGGGAGAGCUAUGUGUCCUCUCUGAGCAGCCUGGAACAAGAGAAUCAGCAGCUGAGGCAGAAGCUUGCUGAGAAGCACGCCCGUCAUGAGCUCUCCAAACGGAAGGAACAAGGCCACGCCAUGACUGACCAACCACAGCCUGCUCAGGACAGCAAUGCAGAUGCCAGACAUCACAAACACAGGAAGGAGAACAUGACUCGAUCCGAAGUGGAGAUCCAGAUGCUCUUCAAACAGUUGAACACUGUGUCCCCUUCCAACAGAGAGCAUGUCUGCAGCCAGGAUCAAGAUAGCAGGCCUCAUUCCUCAGCAUCCUCCUCUUCCUCCACCUCCAGCAACAUCAGACUCUGCAGGAGAAACUCAGCGUCCGCUUCAAAUGAGUCCGCUGCUGAGGGGCAAAGCUGCAGCUCUGAGGACUCUCUUACUUCAGAGUCAAAAGGAAAAGUCUCCCCCUCUUGCAUGGAGUCUAUGCCAGCGUCCCCUGCAGAAGCCAUGGUGUCUCGUUUCGUGGAGGAAGAGGACUUGCGAUGCAAUGAGCUGAUCCUGAAAUUGAACACCCACAUCCAGGGUAUGACGGAGAGAAACAUUAGGACAGUUUCCAAGUACCUGCCAGGUGACUCAGAGCCUGAGGCUGCACAGACUUCAGUACAGACGGGUUAGUGGUCCAGUAUGGGGGAAUAAAUAUGAAAAAAAGUGCUUUCAACAGCAUCGCCAAAAGGCUGCAGUCUUGUACUUAAUGGUGCAUUCACUUCUCAGAAAUUAAGAGGACUUUUUAAAGAGAUAUUUUUACACAGUCGACAUUUAUGAACACCAUGGGAGCACAGAGCACUGCGGUUACGCAAGUGUUUUAUGAGUACUGUUUUAAAAAAACACAACGGCUAUAAUUCAAAAUGUCAGUGAGUUUGAAGGCGAGGAGUGAGAGACGACAGAAUUAUGAAACCCACUCUGUCCUCACGGCGAAGGCAAGGAGGUACAAGGUCCAACAUAUUGUUUUGAUCCUGUGUCUUACUCUGUUUAUCAUGGGCUUAUUUAUCCGUAUGGGUCACGACAUGUUUUCACAGGAGAUACAUUUCUGUUGCAUCACUAAACUAAUCUGAGAGAUUAGGUGCUGACAGGCUGAGUGAUUCAACACUUUGCAUCACCUCAUGACAUCACGGAGAGACAGCAACGUAUCAUUGGUCAGUAUUUGUAAAAUCAUAGCAGGUACAACGAGCUUAGAACACAUUGAGAAAUGAUUUAUCCUCUGGAAGUGAUGGUCAAUAUUUGAGAACGUCCAUCACAGUCGGUUGGUUUUUGGAUAGAUCCACUCUCUGCCAAGAUUUACUCUUCUGUUUGCUUGUAAAAUCGACAGGUCAGUAAUUAAGAAAUAUUAUAAAUAAACUUUACAAAAGUC